AUGGGGAAGGAAGAGAAUAUAGAGGGCGAGGGCAGCAGGAAACGGCAGAAAAAUAAUAGAAACCGUCUAUUAUUUUCCCCCUUUCUUGCCGUACGCCUCGUUUUCCUCCCGACUGUCUGUCUCUCCCUGCUCUUUUUAAACUUCUUUCAUCCUCUCCUGCUCUCUGUAGCGUGCAAUGAUCUGCUGGCCUCGGGCAGAGACAGGAAGCCCAACGCUCUCAUCCGAGUGGCUGUCAUAGACCCCCAUGAGCAGUGUCUUGCAUCUCAUGCCUGCACAGAGAUUGUUGAGGCAAACAGAGACCCGCUGUUUCUGACGGGGGUGACCUUCCCUCCAGACUGCCCUGCUAACCCGGAGACACUAGUCAAGCUAGCUGUGUACGAUGUGAAGGACAAGGGCCAUGAAUCAAGCAGUUUCCUGGGUAGUGCCACAUUCUCAGUGGGCGACCUGCUGAGGGCUAAAGACGAGCAGCUGACCCUCAGUCUGAGGUCAUCCGAUGGUGCGUGUGUGGCAGGGUCCGUGGUGGUAAGUCGUCUGAACAUGGGGGAGAUGGAGGAAGUUGACGUAGACCACAUCACCACUGACUUGCCAGCACAGAAGUGUCCCUUGGUUUGCGAGUCUGCAGCCCACGCCUGCAUCGACAGAGAAAACAGCUCACUAGCAGGGCCUGUGUUCAAGAACCCAGUAUGCAAGGUGUACAGGUUCCAGACAGUGGACAGCAAGUGGAUGCUUGUACGGGAGCAAAUGGAGGAGUGUACUCUGUCGUUCAGCGUCCCAAAGCAGCUGUUGUCACUGUACGUUCAGGAGGACAUGAAGAGGGUGCAGGAGCUGAGAGAGCUUGGGGAGCUGUCCCCUCACUGGGACAACUUGAGGAAGGAGGUCAUUACACAUUAUGCCGGAGUCAUCAACUCACACAAGGAGACUUUGGCUGAACUAGACAAGAUUACUGGUCCCUCUUUCAAGCCAAGCUGCUGCAAAGCCCAGAAAUCUCUGGAGUUCAUCCCAAUCAACCUGCACACCCAGAGGAUGAGGGUGACGUGUCCCAGAAAAGCAGAUGCCUUCUAUGACAUCAUUACCGUAGGGGCCCCAGCUGCCCACUUCCAGGGCUUCAAGUGUGGUGGUCUGCAGCGGCUUCUGAGCAGAUAUGAAGCAGAGAAAAAGGGCUUCAGCACCGCCUACCAGUGUAUCUACUACUCCCCAGAGCACACAGCCAAAGCUCAGGAGGUAUUGAGCACCAUGGGCCACCUCCAGCCCCUCAUCUCCAGCUUAGCUGACCGGCUCCUCGUGGCUGCCCAGGAGCACUCUGCCCCUGGCCUGAGGGAAGCACUCAAGAGCCUGUCUGACAAGACAGAACAGUUUGUUCAUGCACUUAAUGAUGAACUGGUGAAGAGCGCCCUGCUAGCGCUGCAUGCGGCGCGGCCCGGCUUCGUGUCCAAGAUCCAGAGGCAAAGCCAGACGCAGGCGGGCCAGCACCAAGGUCACCUCCACCAGGUUCAGACUCCCGUCCCUGGCAGCAUUCAGAAUCAGACCCCGGUCCAGAACCUUCCGGGCCACAGUCCAACCGUGCACGCCACGGAGAGCUCCGUGGUGUGUAAUAACGUGGAGGGGUCGCAAACCACAGCUGGCGGAGAAGGUGGGCCUCCGCCACCGAAGCAACAGGAGCCCAUACCGCAGCAUAACGAGUAUGACGAGGAGGAAUGGGACAGGGGAUGGGCCAGCAUUGCUAAAAGCCUCAACUGUAUCAUUGCCAUGGUGGAUAAACUCCAGGAGCAAGACCACGUCAAGCCGGAGUCGGUCCCUGAACAACAGCUAGCUGAUGUCAUCACCUCUCACAACCCCGGUGAUUGGAGGGAGCAGCUAUGCCCUCUGGUGACCAGAUUAAAGGGGUGUGUGAUGGAGGUGGUUGGGAAGGCGAAGAGGGCCAUGACCUUUGUGCUCUUGCAGGAGGCGGCCUGUAGCAUUCCACAGGGCCUGCUCCUCCAACAGAGGAGAGACGUAGUCUUCAGUCAGGCGCUGGCAGCCCUAGCCUGUGGUUUCAUCAUGAGGCUGUAUGCAGGAAUGGAGGACAAAGGCUUCUUAAUGCAGCUCCACCUGGUUGGACUGGUGGCCCAGUUUGAGAGCCUGCUCAGCACCUACAGUGAGGAGAUUGGUAUGCUGGAAGAUAUGGAGGUCGGUAUCUCGGACCUGCACAGAGUCACGUUCAAGAUUACAGAAGCGAAGACAGAUGACCUCAGCGACCUCCAGCCCUUAGUCUGCGGCAGACGGGACCAUUACACUGUAGAAGUGCCAUUACCUCGGCUGGCGUUCCAUACUCUGCCGGAAGAGAUCAGAGAGGGCAAGCCUUUACAAGUGUUUCCGGUGCUAUUUAACGUCGGGAUCAAUGAACAGCAAACCAUAGCCGAGAGGUUCGGAGACAUCUCCUUGCAGGAGAGAAUAAAUCAGAGGAACUUUGAGAUUUUAGAAGCUUACUACAAAUUGCUGAGCGAAAAGGUGCCCGUGGAAUGUCUACCCAGCUUUCAGACACAUACCGACUUGAAGGAAUUACUUGAAACCCUGGGCCAGAAUGUAAUAACAAAGAAGAGGAAGAACGUGGAGAUACUGUGGCUCGCUGGAACGAUCUGCCGAAGAUUGAAUGGUAUCAGGUUCACCAGUUGUAAAAGUGCCAAAGAUCGGACGUCCAUGUCUGUCACCUUAGAGCAGUGUGCCCUGCUGCGUGAUGAACACCAGCUCAGCAAGGAUUAUUUUAUCCGCGCCCUGGACUGUAUGCGGAGAGAAGGAUGUCGGAUUGAGAACGUACAAAAGAAUAUUAGGUGCAGGAAAUAUGCCUUCAACAUGUUGCAGCUGAUGACCUUUCCAAAGUGCUACCGACCACCAGAAGGGACCUAUGGGAAAGUUGACUCUUGAGGAAGAAAAUACAUGUAAAACCAGUGACUCCAUAUCAUCACCAAAUAAAUACAGUGGCUGAGGAGCCAGAGUCAGGAUGUAAAAUUAUGUACCUUGCACAUACAUGACUGGUGAAAUAUAUUGUUUUAAGUAUAUUAUGCUGGAUAUUUUAUUAUAGCUGCUUUUUUAGUUGCUCUGUGCAUAUUGGUGCGUGUCUGUGUGUGUGUACACUCCAACGAUUGUAACUGAACUAAGAGAUGGAUUUGCCAAACAUGUUACCAUAUA